AUGUCAGAGAUCACAUCACUUUUACGUGUGAUAUCAACGGCGCAGAGACCGUCAUCUGGGUCCCACCUCAGCAAACGUGCGCAAGAUCAAUCGCAGACCACGGAGUUGGUCAAGGUUGAUACAUUCUUAGCUGGUGUUAGAGAUAUGUUGACCGGCGCACUAGGAGCGUACGGGGCUGGCCAAGAAGAAUCCAAUGACGAGGUUCUCUUGAAAGUCGUGAUGUCGCUCGUGGGAACGGAUAGAUCCAGCGGAAUACCAUCGUUAGUGCCUUGCUCAGGGGACGGCACUACGCUCGACGAAGCUAUGCAGACCAACAAGAUGAACAAAUUGUGGGGGACGAGCCACAGAGCCAUCGAGGUGACGGCGCUCGCGUCUAAAAGGACAAGGUGUAGCGGCGGAUUUCUCUUCUUUAUAGCAGGAGACAGCAUUAAGGCUGGCGCUGAGGGAUAA